AUGAGUGACAAAGCCUUUGGAAAGACCAGAGGAUUGAUAGUAGAAGGUCCACAUCAUGGUACGCUGACACUAGAGGGGCAAACGUGUUCAGCAUUUGACUACAGUCAAUUGCUAUCUCGAAGUGUAAUCUAUCGUCAUGAUGGAAGUGAAACAACACAAGAUCAGCUCGAAUUUCAAAUCGAUAUCACAUCAAAGCGAACGGAUUUCCCAUGGCUUGAUUCAACCACUUAUGUCCUUCGGAUUCGAAUAAAUCCUGUCAAUGAUCCACCAGAGUUGACGGAAGCAAAAGGCGGUCAUGUACUGAAAAUUUCAGCAAAAGGAAGCAUCCACGAUGAAGGUGUAUUUGAAAAAGGAGUGCUACGUUUAGUUGCUCGAGAUGGAGACUCUAGAUCACAGGUAGAUCGAGGACUUGUACGAUUUCGCCACACGAGCAGCCACCAUCCAAAACAGGAUAUGUUUAGCUUUCAGGUUUUCAACCGCGAGGCUUUUAUGUUAAACGGAACGGAAUCUGGCACCCUUAGCCGAGCAAACUUGUUUGCUUGGACAUUUCCAAAGAGUUAUCCUCCGGAGAAGCUGGUAUAUCAUAUCGAGGAACCACCCAAAUAUGGAAUCCUUUCCCGAAAAAUCAAUGGGAAAAGCCGUAGAAUUGGUGUUUCAACGAAUUUUACGCAAUUGGAUCUCGACAAUCGGUUGAUCUCCUUCAAACUACAUUUUAUGCAAUAUUCUAUUAUUAACGAUUUUUUUCUCUUCCGUGUUAUCACUCCUGCAAUCUCCUCCGAAUCUCUCAGAUUUGAGAUUAUCUUCGUUCCUACCCAAACAUCCAUUCAGUUGGUAAAUCGCACAGUUGUCGUUCAGGAAGGAGAUGCGGCUACGAUCACCUCUGACUCUCUGUCCCUAGCUACUCCAGAUGAUUCAUUCUUUGUUUUCACGCUGGCUCUAGCACCUAUACACGGAGCUUUGGUACUUAAGACUGACUCCGGCAACAGAACUCUCCUAGUUGGCAUGAAUUUCACCACCAGAGAUGUGGCAGAGGAGAAACUUAUAUACUUCCACUCCGGCUCUGAAUCCCGUUCUGAUCGCCUACAUCUUAUCGCUGAAUCAGCAUUCCGUAAAGGAAGACGGAUUCCAUUUUGGAUGUCUUUCUCAAUUAUUCCUAUAAACGAUAAUAAACCACGUUAUACAGUUAGCGACGGCAAGCAUACUGUCGAGGGUCUCUUGCGAGUUAUAGCCUCCGAUCCAUUUAUUCGAUUAGGUGAAAGUCUUCUCGAAUAUUGUUGUCUACCUGGAGAUACGCCAAAUCUUCGU